UAUUUUAGCAGUUGGCACGCACGCAAUAAAUACGGAUAAUUUCACUCUUUAAUACUCCCGGUCCUCUGUCACAACUUUCACAACGGCAGAAGUUCUCUUCAGAAGGAAGAAAAUAUGAGGCUUGUUAUUAGUACCUGUUUGGCAGUUUCUUUGUUUCUUAAGGUCUUGAUUAGUGGUUCAACGGUGGCAGCGCAUGCGCCAACUUGGCAAAGGCAUUCAGAAGGAUACUGCGCCAUGUAUGGCAUAUGUGGAAAACGUGUGGAUGGGAAAAUGCUGAAUUGCCCCUUUGGUUCCCAAUCUGUUAGGCCAGAUAAGUUGCUUUCAUCUAAGGUUCAAAGUUUGUGCCCAACAAUUACCGGAAAUGUAUGCUGUGCAGAGGCUCAAUUUGAAAUUUUAAGAUCUCAAGUCCAGCAAGCAAUCCCGUUUCUUGUAGGCUGUCCAGCAUGCCUGAGAAAUUUUUUAAAUCUAUUCUGUGAACUUUCAUGUUCUCCAAACCAGAGUCAAUUUAUAAAUGUGACAUCUGUUUCAAAGGUUAACAAAAACAUGACUGUAGAUGGUAUUGAUUUUUUUAUAACUGACACUUUUGGUGAGGAGUUAUAUGAAUCAUGCAAGGAGGUAAAGUUUGGGACUAUGAAUACUCGAGCAAUUGACUUCAUUGGUGCAGGGGCUAAAAAUUUUAGAGAGUGGUAUGCAUUUAUUGGUAGAAGAGCUGCACUUGGCUUGCCAGGAUCUCCAUAUGCCAUAAAUUUUACAUCAACUGCUCCUGAAUCUUCUGGAAUGAAAGCUAUGAAUGUGUCCACGUAUUCCUGUGGCGACAAUUCAUUGGGCUGUUCUUGUGGUGAUUGUCCUUCGGCUUCUGCAUGCUCAAGUUCAGCCCCUCCGCCUGCUGUGAAGAAAGAGUCUUGCUCUGUUAGAAUAGGUUUUCUCAAGGCAAAAUGUAUUGAAGUUUCUGCAGCAAUAACUUAUAUCGUCUUGGUCUCCUUUUUUCUUGGAUGGGGUUUUCUUCGAAGGAGAAAAGAAAGAAGGCCAGAUUCCAGGACAAAGUCAUUGAUAAGUGCUCCUGAUACGGGUGUCAUCCUCCAAAUUAACAAGAAAAGAGACAAGAAUGUGCCAAUGCAGAUGUUCGAGGAUGCACCACAUAUUUCAAGUAGCGUUCAACUUUCAAUAGUGCAAGGGUACUUGUCAAGUUUUUUCAGGGUAUAUGGAACAUGGGUUGCAAGGCAUCCCUUAUCUGUUCUAUGCUCAUCUUUGGCUAUUGUUCUGGUACUUUGUUUGGGAUUGCUUCAUUUUAAAGUUGAAACAAGACCUGAGAAGCUAUGGGUUGGCCAUGGAAGUAGAGCUGCAAAAGAGAAGACGUUUUUUGACAGUCACCUAGCUCCAUUUUACAGAAUCGAACAGCUCAUAAUAGCAACCAAUCCCGAUGCAGAGAGUGGAAAACGUCCAACUAUCAUCACACAAGAAAACAUCUUGUUACUUUUUGAUAUACAAAACAAGGUAGACUCAGUCAAAGCAAAAAACUCCGAGUCAAUUGUGUCUCUAGCUGACAUUUGUGUGAAGCCCCUUGGCAAGGAUUGUGCUACUCAAAGUGUUCUUCAGUAUUUCAAGAUGAAUGCUACAUAUUUUGAUGAGUAUGGGGGUAUUGACCACCUUCAGUAUUGUUUUCAGCACUAUACUUCUGCGGAGGAUUGUAUGAGUGCAUUUAAAGCCCCCCUUGAUCCAACUACUGCUCUUGGUGGCUUUUCUGGUAACAAUUACUCAGAGGCUUCUGCUUUUAUUGUAACGUAUCCUGUGAAUAAUGCAAUUGAUAAAGAAAGCAACGAUACAAAAAGAAACGUAGCCUGGGAGAAGGCAUUCAUCCAGUUAGUGAAGGAUGAAAUCUUGCCAAUGGUUCAAUCGAAGGGUUUGACACUGGCAUUUUCAUCAGAGAGCUCUAUUGAGGAAGAACUUAAACGAGAAACCAAUGCCGAUGUUAUAACUAUAGUGAUAAGUUAUCUUGUAAUGUUUGCCUACAUAUCUUUGACAUUGGGGGAUAGUCCACGCUUCUCUUCAUGUUAUAUAUCAUCUAAGGUGUUGCUUGGCCUUUCUGGCAUUGUUAUUGUCAUGCUCUCUGUUCUUGGAUCAGUUGGUUUUUUCAGUGCCAUAGGAGUAAAAUCUACACUCAUCAUAUUGGAAGUUAUCCCAUUUCUUGUGUUGGCGGUUGGGGUGGAUAACAUGUGCAUAUUGGUGCAUGCAGUUAAAAGGCAGUCAUUGGAGUUGCCUUUAGAAGGACGAAUGAGCAAUGCUCUUGUAGAAGUAGGUCCAUCUAUAACACUAGCUAGUCUAGCAGAGGUCUUGGCAUUUGCAGUAGGAAGUUUCAUUCCUAUGCCAGCAUGCCGUGUGUUUUCCAUGUUUUCCGCAUUGGCUGUUCUAUUGGACUUCCUCCUGCAAGUGACUGCUUUUGUUUCCUUAAUUGCCUUUGAUUUUAUGAGAGCAGAAGAUAACAGGAUUGAUUGUUUUCCAUGUAUUAAAGUUUCUGAUUCAAAUUCUGAUCAUGAUAUAGGUAGUCAACAAAGAAAACCUGGUUUGCUGGUUCGAUAUAUGAAGGAUGUGCAUGCUCACAUUUUAAGUAUGUGGGGAGUAAAAGUAGGUGUCAUAUCCGUAUUCGCUGCUAUUGCAAUGGCAAGCAUUGCAUUAUGUGCAAGGAUUGAGCCAGGUUUGGAACAACAAAUUGUUCUUCCCCAGGACUCAUAUCUCCAGGGUUACUUUAGUAACAUAUCUGACUAUCUCAGAAUUGGACCACCAUUGUACUUCGUUGUGAAAAACUACAACUAUAGUUCUGAAUCUGGGCAAACCAACCAAAUAUGCUCUAUCAACCAUUGCAAUUCAAACUCUCUUUCGAACGAG